UGUGGCCAUGAGAGAAAGAGGAGGAGAGGUCAUGGCCACCAAAGAAGGAAGAGAGGAGGCCGUGGCAGCCAGAGAAGGAGGAGCUGAGGACAUGGCCACCAGAGAAGGAGCAGCAGAGACCAUGUCAGCCAGAGAAGGAGGAGCGGAGGCCGUGGCAGCCAGAGAAGGAGGAGCAGAGACCAUAGUAGCCAGAGAAAGAGAAGCAGAGGCCGUGGCCACCAGAGGAGGAAGAGCAGAGGCCGUGGCCACCAGAGAAAGAGGAGGAGAGGCCAUGGCCACCAGAGAAGGGAGAGGGGAGGCCGUGGCAGCCAGAGAAGGAGGAGCGGAGGCCAUGGCCACCAGAGAAGGAGGAGCGGAGACCAUGGCCACCAGAGAAGGAGGAGGAGAGACCAUAGCAGCCAGAGAAGGAGGAGUAAAGGCCGUGGCAGCCAGAGAAAGAGGAGGAGAGUCCGUGGCCACUAGAGAAGGAAGAGGGGAGGCUGUGGCAGCUAGAGAAGGAGGAGUGGAGGCCAUAGCCACCAAAGAAGGAGGAGGAGAGGCCAUGGCAGCCAGAGAAGGAGGAGUAGAGACCACGGCAGCCAGAGAAGGAGGAGCGGAGGCCAUGGCCACCAGAGAAGGAGGAGCGGAGACCAUGGCCACCAGAGAAGGAGGAGGAGAGACCAUAGCAGCCAGAGAAGGAGGAGUAAAGGCCGUGGCAGCCAGAGAAAGAGGAGGAGAGUCCGUGGCCACCAGAGAAGGAAGAGGGGAGGCCGUGGCAGCUAGAGAAGGAGGAGUGGAGGCCAUAGCCACCAAAGAAGGAGGAGGAGAGGCCAUGGCAGCCAGAGAAGGAGGAGUAGAGACCACGGCAGCCAGAGAAGGAGGAGCGGAGGCCAUGGCCACCAGAGAAAGAGGAGGAGAGGCCGUGGCCACCAGAGAAUGGGGCUGGCUCCUCAGAGACAGAGGAGUGGAGGCCAUGACUGCCAAAGAAAAUGAAGGGGAUGCCAUGGCCUCCAGAGAGGGAGGAGUGGAGGCCGUGGCCACCAGAGAAGGAGGAGCAGAGGCCAUGGCUGCCAGAGAAGAGGAGUGGAGGCCAUGGCCACCAGAGAAGGAGGAGAGGAGGCCGUGGCCACCAGAGAAGGAGGAGCAGAGGCCGUGGCCACCAGAGAAGGAAGAGGGGAGGCUGUGGCCACCAGAGAAGGAGGAGUGGAGGCCAUGGCCACCAGAGAAGGCUGCCCCUCAGAGAUGGAGGAGGGAAGGUGCCAGGCUUCAAGGUGAGUCAGGGCACUCAGCCCAGUUGGAUGCCCUCUCUGGGGUCCUGAGUCAACUCAGACCUGGACCUCCACACAUCCAGCCUCCUCCACAUGGGGUGGCCAGAAUCAUGCCCUCCCUGCCACCCACAGCCCCUGCACCAUCUUGCCCUGUGCACGCUGUGACAGCCUCUGCCCACUUCUGUGCACCCCAGAGCAGAGGCCUGGAGGCUUGAGAGACAGGGAGAGCCUGAUGUGGCCACAGGCGAGGCAACAGCAGAAGGGUUGCUGGCCACCGUCCUCAGGCGGGACGUCCACCUGGCCUCUGCCUCCCUCGGAGCAAGACCAGCGGUGGGAAAGCCCCAGGGGAGAGACAGCCCUGGCAGUGCCACACCACACCAGGCUCAGUGCCCAGCCAGCGUCCAUGGGGACCUUGGUCCCUGGAAAGAGAUGAAGAGUGACCAGAUGGCAUUCAUGCCCUGCCUCAGGAGUCCCCAGUCUAGAGUGCCAGGAUGGCAUUCACGCCCCUGCCUUGGCAGUCCCCAGUCUAGAGUGCCAGGAUGGCAUUCAUGCCCCUGCCUCGGGAGUCCCCAGUCUGUCCCCUCCCAGAGCCCUCCCCUGGCCCUUCCAGCUGGAGAGCAGGACCCUGAAAACAGAGGGUGUUUGGGGCUUGGAUUCCAGUUGGAUUCCGAGGGGGAAGCUCCGGGAGGAGCAGGGGGUGGUUGAUAGAGAUGGACAGGGAGCGGGUCUCCACAGAAUCCCACCGGGCCUGCCUGGAGCCGGCCCACCAUAGGCUGGGCGCAAGGUGGGGCUUCCCGGGCCAGCAACUGAGGCUCAGCCCAGGGCGCUGAGCAGCCCACACUCAGAUAGGGGAGUCUGGGCCAGGUGCUGAGGGGGUCCAGGUCCCCUCAGUCCAGGUCGCACUGCUGGUGACUGCUGUGUGACCUCUCAAAAGUCACUGAACCCCUCACCAUGAAAUGCAGGAAUUAUUCCUGCUUAGAAAAUGUUUUAGAAUAUCUUGGAUUUCACAGACACCGUUUAUUUAUACAAAGUACAGAGCUUAGGGCUUCCCUCCUGGUGGAGAUUUUCUAAAUCUAGCUGUUGUUUCUUUAGGAAUAAUGGUCCCCCUCUUUCC